AUGAGCAGCUCAGAGAUGAAGGAAUACCUGUGUCAGCAUCAUCUUCCUCAGCUGUUGGAGAGUCUGUUGACAGGUGUCUUGUACCAUCAUCCUGACGACCCCGUCAGCUUCCUGCAGAGCUGCCUGAUCAGAACCAGACAGCUGGGGGGUCCUGAGGCUGUCACCUGGGACACGUUCAUCCAGCCGGACAGACGCCAGCUGAGCCCCACACCCUUUGAACCUGCACCUGAACCCCCAAGAACAGUAUCAUCUGUUCCUCCAACAACACCUCAAAUACCCCCCAAAAUAGCCCCUAUACCCUCUACACCAUCUGUACCCCCCAAAAUAGCCCUAGCCCCUAUACCCUCUACACCAUCUGUACCCCCCAAAAUAGCCCUAGCCCCUAUACCCUCUAUACCAUCUGUACCCCCCAAAAUAGCCCUAGCCCCUAUACCCUCUACACCAUCUGUACCCCCCAAAAUAGCCCUAGCCCCUAUACCCUCUACACCAUCUGUACCCCCCAAAAUAGCCCUAGCCCCUAUACCCUCUAUACCAUCUGUACCCCCCAAAAUAGCCCUAGCCCCUAUACCCUCUACACCAUCUAACAAAACCUUUCAGCUCUACAACAUCCCCAAUAACCCAAACAACACCUCAAAUAGCUCCUACAACUCCACUACCCCCCACAAUAAACCCCAUACUCUCUACAACAUCACCAGUACCUCAAACAACACCAUCAAUAUCUCUUAUAACACCAUCAUACCUCAAACAACACCAUCAAUACCCCGCACAACAGCACCAGUACCCCAAACAACAACAAUGGUGUCCUCCAUCAUCAAAACAACACCACCUGGAACCUCCCCAACAGCUCCUGAACCCAGAUUCCUCCCUGUACCUCCACCUGGACCUGCAGUGACCCCGUCUGUCCACAGUGUGAGGAAGGAUGAAGGAGACACAAAGACCUUCAUCACAGUUGGUCCUCCUUCUGGUCCUCCUCCUCCUCGAGUCCAGUCUCAGGUCUCCAUCGACUCAGACUCUGACAUGACAGAAACGUCUGGACUCCUGCAGGAAGUAAGCAUCCCACCUCCUCAGAGGCCACGCCCCCUCAUCAUCUUCAUCAUCGGCGGUCCAGCGAGUGGGAAGGGAAGUCAGGCGGCGAGGCUUGCUCAUUACUUCCGCUUCAGAGUCAUCUCAUUGGAUGAGCUGCUCAGGAGGCAGUUACUAAGCCCCGCCUCACCCAGCAAGAAGUGGGAGGUUCUUUCAGAGAUGAUGGGUCACGGGGAGCUCGGACCUCAGGUCAGAACUAACCAGGAGGAGACAGUCUCUGAGCUGAGCCAUCACCUGAUUGGUCAGAAGGAGGUCAGAGGGGUCAUCGUGGAUGGGUUCCCUCAGGACGUCCACCAGGCGCUCAGCUUCCAGGAGCAGACUGGAUCUCCUGACCUGGUUGUGUUGCUGCUCUGCUCCAACCAGACGCUCCGUUGUCGUCUGCAGAAACGAGCCGCUCUGCUCGGUCUCCUUGGGGACAACAGCUCUGCCCUCAGGAGACGCCUGGAGACGUUUCAGAGGGACAUCGUCUCCAUCAGCAGAUACUACAGACAGCUACACCUUCUGAUACAGGUGGAUGCAGAUCGGGAGGAGGACGUGGUUUUAGCUGAUCUGUGUUCAGCCAUCAGAGGCAAACUGUGUCUCCAGGAUGUCUCAGAUCCAGCUGAUGACCCAGAAUGCAGCAGUUCUGUCCCCGUCACACCCAAAACACCUGUGUAACUCUGUGAACCAAUCAGUGAUCAGUAUUUUUACCUGUUGAUACUCCAUGUGAUGUCACACAGUUUAAGACUGUGAUCACCUGUCAAACCUCUGGUUACUAUGGUUACACAGCAGACGUGUCUUGUCCUGAUUAGAAAAUCAAAAUUUGUAGAUUUUGUGAGUGAAGUCAAAAUGUGACGGUGAAGGUUUGAUUUCAACCGGAUCAGAGGUCAGAGGUCAGAGUUACAGACUGUAGGUGUUUAAUGUUUCACAGUCACAGAUUGAUGAGAUUAAAUUAACAAAUUAAAUCUAAUUUUACACCCUAAAACAUCUUCUAACUGAAACCUGUAACUUCACAUCAUCACAUCUUCAUCUGACAGGUCAUGUGACAGCUGCUGUAACACUACUGUGAUGUCAUAAUCAUGUUAAUUAUAUAUGUGACAAACUGAUGUGAUGUCAAUGUUAUUGAUACUGUGAUAGAGUUAUAUUGAUAAUAUCAAUAUUGUA